CUUUAGGCAGAGAAUGGGAGCCAGAUCCCUGCCAGCUGGCGGCCCAGGUGCCACCGGGCCUGUGUCACCAGAUGGACCGAGAGUGGGUGGGGCUGAUGUCACCGUCUGCCAGAGUGCUCCUCCCAGGGACCUGGCCUGGCACCCGGGGCUUAUCGGUCGGGCACAGGGCCUCUGCUUAUCCGGGGCAGCUGCCAGUCCACUGGGGCGGGACAGGUCAGUCAUGUCAUCUGAACCUCCGUCAGCAGCACAGUCCCCAUCCCACCAGGCCUCAGUUGGGCUGCUGGAUCCCCAGCAGGGCCGUGAACGCUCCCCGUCCCCCCUGCGGGCCAACGUGGUCCCCAGUCCGCUGCCCACCCGCCGCACCAGGACCUUCUCUGCGACAGUGCGGGCGUCCCAGGGCCCCGUGUACAAGGGCGUCUGCAAGUGCUUCUGCCGUUCCAAGGGCCACGGCUUCAUCACGCCGGCCGACGGUGGCCCUGACAUCUUCCUGCACAUCUCCGAUGUGGAAGGCGAGUACGUGCCUGUGGAAGGUGAUGAGGUGACCUACAAGAUGUGCUCCAUCCCACCGAAGAAUGAGAAGCUGCAGGCCGUGGAAGUCGUCAUCACCCACCUGGCGCCGGGCACCAAGCAUGAGACCUGGUCGGGCCACGUGGUCAGCUCCUAGGAGCCCAGCACCCCCAGACCCAGGGCGGGUGGGCGGGUGUGCGGGGUGGUGACACCGGGACUGAUGGUCCCCCCCCCCAAGACAUUAAAGGCAUCUGAAGAGCAAAA